GUAUAGUGCGUUUGCCUGUUUGGUUCGCACUCUGGUAAUAGUUAGAACUUGGAAGUACUCCAACUUCAGCUUUGGCUUCUUCUGAUCUUCUCCUUCCCUAUCUAGGGUUUUUGAAAUCAAUGGCUUCCUCUCCUCAUUUCGAUGAUCAAGACUUCGAUUUUGAAGGCGGAUUUUCCGGAACGCGUUCUGGGGAGAAGAGGCCCUCUCCUGAUUAUGACGACGAAUAUUACGAUAAUGACCCUUUCGCACCCAAGAAGGCAAAAUCAAAGGCUGAAGAAGCUGCUUCUGGUGUAACCACUGGAAUGAUAUUGUCUCUUCGUGAGAGUCUUCAAAACUGUAAGGAUACCCUACUCACAUGCCAAAAUGAACUUGAGGCUGCAAAAUCUGAAAUUCAUAAGUGGCGCACAGCUUUUCAGAAUGAACCCUUCAUUCCUUCUGGGACCACUCCAGCACCCAAAUUGGCGAUUAACUAUCUUCAAGCCCUGAAAUCUUCUGAAGAGUCUUUAAAAGAGCAGCUUGAAAAAGCAAAAAAAAAGGAAGGUGCAUUCUUUGUUACUUUUGCGAAACGAGAACAAGAAAUAGCAGAGUUGAAGUCUGCUGUGCGGGAUCUGAAAGCUCAACUCAAGCCAGCAACGAUACAGGCAAGGAGGCUGUUACUAGAUCCAGCUGUCCAUGAAGAGUUUACUCGUUUGAAGAAUUUAGUCGAGGAGAAGGAUAAAAAAAUGAAAGAGUUGCAAGAUAACAUUGCCGCAAUCAAUUUCACUCCCCAGAGCAAGAUGGGAAAGAUGCUUAUGGCUAAAUGCAAGACUUUGCAAGAGGAAAAUGAGGAGAUUGGGAACCAAGCGACUGACGCAAAGAUACAAGAGUUAGCAAUGAAACUAUCAUUGCAGAAAUACCAGAAUGCCGAACUGAGAAGUCAAUUUGAAGGACUGCAGACACAUAUGGACGGACUGACAAACGACGUUGAAAGAUCCAAUGAAAUGGUUUUGAUGUUGCAAGAGAAAUUAGAAGACAAGGAUCAAGAGAUCCAACGGCUGAAAGAUGAAUUGCAAGAGAAAGGCUUCAUGGAUGAAAGGACAACAGAAGCCGCAUCUAAAGAGAGACGACAUUAAUGCAGUGCCUAGGGAAAAUGCUGACUAAUCUGCCACGUUAGCUUAAUACGGAAAGUUUUUGUUUGGAACGGUUGUUUCUCAAGAAUUCAGUUCACUCAUAGUUGUAUAUUGAAUUGAAAUUCAUGAUUUUGCAAUGCAAAAGUGAUUUUGGUGCUGCAACGUGUAGCGUUAGAAUCCUCGU